CCCCCUCCUCCCCUCCCCUGGGUCAUGGCCAACUCAGGACUCCAGCUCUUGGGCUACUUCCUGGCCCUGGGUGGCUGGGUGGGCAUCAUCGCCAGCACAGCCCUCCCGCAGUGGAAGCAGUCCUCGUACGCGGGCGACGCCAUCAUCACAGCCGUGGGCCUCUACGAAGGGCUCUGGAUGUCCUGCGCCUCCCAGAGCACCGGGCAGGUGCAGUGCAAACUCUACGACUCACUGCUCGCCCUGGAAGGUCACAUCCAGUCCGCCCGAGCCCUGAUGGUGGUGGCCGUGCUCCUGGGCUUUGUGGCCAUGGUGCUCAGUGUGGUGGGCAUGAAGUGCACCCGUGUCGGGGACAGCAACCCCGUCGCCAAGAGCCGCAUCGCCAUCUCUGGGGGUGCCCUCUUCCUCCUGGCAGGCCUCUGCACUUUGACAGCCGUCUCAUGGUAUGCCACCCUGGUGACCCAGGAGUUCUUCAACCCCAGCACACCUAUCAAUGCCAGGUACGAGUUCGGCUCGGCCCUGUUCGUGGGCUGGGCCUCCGCCGGCCUGGCCAUGUUGGGGGGGUCCUUCCUCUGCUGUACGUGCCCGGAGCCUGAGAGAGCCAACAGCACCCCGCAGCCCUACCGGCCUGGCCCCUCGGCUGCUGCGCGAGAGUACGUCUGAGCCCUGCACGCCUCCAGCCCCUUCGGCACCCCUGCGGCACAGCGUGCCCCCCGAGCCCCGUUAGGGUUCUGAGCAGC